CUGUUCUCGGCCUCGCUUUCACCUGGCUUCUCAAAGGAAGCGAAAAUCCACAGCUCCGGCCUCCCUUUCAAGCAGCUCGACGUUGGCAGUUCGGAACGAUGUGACCAGCAGGCCUCAGCCAGUGUCGCAGACAUCGCAGCCCCAAGCGUGCCGCCACAGAUCCGCCAGAUCCUCUUACCUGGCGUACCGGAAGCACCGGCACCACCUCCUAGGAGACGGCCUCGUUUUGCCCCUCGCUUCGAUGCUCAGGGCCGUAGGCUGCCAGCAGGUCCGCCACCGCCGCGCAGCUGGCUGUCGUUGUCGCGGCAUGCUCCGAGGCUCGAGUCCAACGGCUCUGAUGUUGAGCAAUACCAGUGCCGACUCCUCCCUGGCCUUUACCGGCCGGGAGAGCGAAGUCUGAUGGACAUUGCACUACGGAAUAUGGCCCUUGACUGGGAAUACCAGAGAUCUUACAAUCUCUACCACAUUUUUACACUACCCGAUCGGAUUCGAAUGGCUCUCAUUUCAUACAUCAACACGAUGUUCGAGCCAGGCUUGUCCUUGUUAGACCUGAAGAUUAUUCUUCUACGCCAAGCCCCUGACGACGAUGCCGGUAAAGAAGACACAUCAGAGACACCACCGAGUCCAAGCUCCAUGAAUGAGGGCAUUACACAUCUAGACCUGUCUAUAUCGGUUGAAAGGUCCAUAAAGCUUCGUGAUCUCUCGUCACUUCUAUUUCCCACGCAUUCUGACAACAUCGGCCCGCUCCUGGACUCGUGGGAUGCGCCAGAAUCAACAGCGAUUCCUCGACCUCUUCUCGUAAAUCUCACGCAUCUCUCGCUUGCCACGAGCCCAGAGACCAGCUUUCUCAGCUCCUGGAAACAACUCCUUGCCUUCUCAACACACCUCCCGACCCUGACACAUCUCAGCCUCGCCUAUUGGCCUAUCCCAUCUUUAACACCGAACGCAACAUUCGCCAAGGUGGUAAGUGCACAAGGCCAGACGUUCCAAUAUGGAGGUCGGAACCCUUACAGCCUUACGCUGGACGAUGACUGGUCUGAGGCAAUCUUGGUCCUGCGAAAACUUAGCAAAAGUCUAUACGGUCUGGAAUAUCUGGACCUGACAGGUUGUGCACCGUGGGUGAAGGCGCUCACGGCUCACGCCCAUGGCCCCAACGCUGAGCCAGACCUGAUCGAUUGGGUUCAUGAUUGGGGUAAGAUCGAGACUCUCGUGCUAACCAGUGGCUACUCAUCCCCGGCAAUUGAAGAUGUUGGCAAGGUUGAGAAAUACAGAGAAUUCAUCAACACGGCGCGGACAACGGAGAGGACAAUUAGAGCGAGAAGGGCUGGCAGAGGUCGCCCCAUCAAUGUAGAGACGGAUCGAGACCUGUAUACACACUAG